GGAUGUCUGGUUGGGAGGCAGGCGAUUAAACAGCAGACAUGGAAGGGAGAGGACCCUACCGCAUCUAUGACCCUGGUGGGGGGAUGGAGGAGAAAGGAUCUGUGACUUUUGAGCAGCUGGUGGAGGAGAACACCCGGCUGAAGGAGAAGAUGCAGGGGAUAAAGUCCAUAGGAGAGCUGCUGGAAGAGUCCCAAGUGGAGGCAUCCAAGCUGCGGCAGAAGGUGGAGGACCUUGUGAGACACAAAGAAAUGCUGAUGGCCUCAUCAUCCUUGGACAAACUGGUGGAAAUGGGAGCCGGCGGCCCUGAUCCCAACGCCAUCCUCACUGCUCCGGGCGGUGCCCAGAAGCAGCUGAAUGCAGAAGUGAGGAAGUCUCCUCUGAGUGGGGCCUCGUCGGAGUUUGAGAUCGUUCCUGCUGAAGCACAGGGCUUUUUGCAGGAGAGUGGGAGAACGGACCUGGAGCAGCUGCCUAAUGAGGAGGCCAACCUGCUGCCCCAGCUGCAGCGCUUGGAGAGCACCCUGAGCGGCUGCACCGAGGAGGCCGGCAAGAACCAGGUCUUCGUGCGCCUGGGCCACAUGGCCUCCGAGUUCAACCGCCUGGCCUCCAAGGUGCACAAGAAUGAGCAGAGGACGUCGUUCCUGCAGACGCUGUGCGAGCAGCUGCGCAAUGAGAAUGAGGAGCUGCGAGCCAAGCUGGAAAGGGACCUGGAGCAGAGAAACCAGGCCCUGGAGAAGCUCAGGUGUGAGAACCAGGAGCUCCGGAGGAUGGUGAUGCUGAACAGCAAGGAAAAUGCCAAGAGGGAAGGUGCUGACCAGCAGCAGAGCGGAGCCGUGAUGGAAAAGGUGCCAGGCAGAGGAGGCCUGGAGGCCAAGGAGAAGAAGGUGAAGAUCCUGGAGCACCAACGCAACGAGCUGCUGGAGGUCAAUAAGCAGUGGGAUCAGCACUUCCGAUCCAUGAAGCAGCAGUACGAGCAAAAGAUAACAGAUCUGCGCCAGAAGCUGGCUGAGGCCCAGAGAGCACGGACCGAGCUGGAGUCAGAGCGGGAGCAGAAGCAACGGGACUUUGACCGCAAGCUGCUACUGGCCAAAUCCAGGAUUGAAACGGAGGAGGCAGAGAAGGACAGGCUGGCCGCAGAGGUGAGGGACCUGCAGCAGAGGAUGCGGUUCCUGCAGGAGCAGCUGGCUCCAGUCACCAAACAGAGAGAGUAUCAGGAGAAAGAGAUCCAGAGGCUGAACAAGGCACUAGAGGAGGCCCUGAACGUCCAGGCCUCUCCACCACCCGCCUUUGCCGCUGCUGCGGAGCCGCUUGGGAAGAUGCCACGGCAGGAGCUGCUCACUCAGAAUGAGCUCCUCAAGCAGCAGGUGAAAAUCUUUGAGGAGGACUUCCAACGGGAAAGGAGCGACAGGGAGAGGAUGAACGAGGAGAAGGAAGAGCUGAAGCAGCAGCUAGAGAAGCUGCAGAAGCAGCUGGCAGUCUCCAACAACCAGCUGCGCGUCUCCAAGGACGACUGCCAGCGGGAGAAGGAGGAGAAGGAGAAGCUGAAGAAGCUGCUGAAACAGCACAAGCAGGCUUCCGGCGAGAGGCUGCACCCGGAGCCCCUGCCAGGGCCUAUGGGGCCCGCCUGCCCCAUGUACCAGUACAGCCCCCCCAUGGCCCAUCCCAUGUACCACGGCUUUGACGACUGGCAGCAGAUCCGAUACCCGCCAGCAAUGCCAGGCGAGCACCCACCGGGACAAAACUUCCACCACUUCCCUCCACCAGAAUACCCCUGGCGCUCGCCCUGCGCGAUGUCUCGGAGCCAGAAUGCCCAGACAGUGGCUGGGGUGAAGCCGGUCCCCAAGGACAUGGAACAGGCAGGUCCGGGAUUGCCGUAACGCCCAGAGCCGGUUUAGCUGUGUUGUGAUACAGACUAAAGGCAGAAGAAAAGUAGGAUGUGUGUGUGUGCGCCUGUGUAUAUGUAUCUAGGACCUUCCUCUGGCUAUUUACCCCUGUGCGUAUAUACACAUGGUGUGUAUGGCUCGUGCUCGCGGCCUGGAACUGCUCCGGCAGGAGAAUGUGCGCGGAGGUGAAGGAGGGACUGGAGAUGCCGUUGAGCCUCCUUGAGAGCUCACAGACAGCCCCGCGGGACCGUCUCCUUCCUGACCACAUUUUGGGCUGGAAUGUGAUGCCCGGCUUUGUGUGGCUGAACGAGGAAGACAAGGUUUUCGGGGAAGGGGAGCAGGCGUUUGCCGGCAGCGCUCGCCAGGAGCUUCCCAGGAGAUUCGUCGUGGGACACAAUGUUGUUCUUCCCCUUGAUGAACGUUUCUGCAGGCUGAUGGCACAGACCUCUCCUGGUCAACGGGUGAUCCCAAGGAUGCAGGUUCCCUACCCUGCGUGGGCACGGACUGGGCUGAGGGUGCUUGAUGUCUUCGUAUUUAUUUAAGGAUUGAAGCUAAGCUGAGUCUUUGUUUUUUCCUGAGAGCGUGCUUUCCCUGGAAAAGUGUCUGUAGGACUCGAUGUGGGAGUUGGCUUCGACUGUUAUUUUGGCUUUGUUCAGAGGUAAUCUCAUGUCCAGAGCAAAUGCGGGGGGAACCAAAUUGCUAUAUGAGCACUCCAGUAUUUAUUUACACAAGUGAAUGGUAUUGACCUGCUGCAGGGACAGGCGCCAAAUGUACAAAAUGUAGCCACUAGCCUGACUUUCAGCCUGUUAGCAGGAAGGCAGAUGAGAUGAUGUCAAAACAAGGCUGUGGAUUUAGCCCCUCGUCCUCCACAUUCCCCACACUCCUCUCUUGCUGCCUGACUUUUCCAAGGAGGUUCCUAACGCGUUCUCCUUAUGCCACUUGCUCUCCCAGCCCCGAUUUCCUGCUGCUCUUGGAUGGUGUCCAGUUUCUCAAAUGCACAAAGUAGAUCUCCAGCUCAAAACAAGUCUGGAGGAAAACAGGGUCACGUGGAAGACAGCAGGGAGGCCUGGAGCUGGGACGUGCUCGUCUGCAGGAGCCUGUGCCCGGCUCCUGCCAACAGCAUCGCUCGCGGCAGCCCGCGAGGGUCCCGCUGCGCCCCCAGGAGAGCACGCAGGGACCUCUCCCACCACCUGCCCAGCCUGCUGCCCUCUGCUCUUGGUUGUGCUCUGGACAGGAACCUGUUCGACUCCCCAUU